AGUUAUGGGAGAGGGGAAUUCCACUCUCUGUUGGAGAGUUACACAGAAACACGUUGUAUCUAUCUGUUUUUAUGUAACAUUAUUUCUACUUUGUAUUUGUAAAUAUAAACAUUUGUGAGGGGCAGGAGGAAUCCUUUACUCAUCAUACUGAGAUAUUCUGUACAGAGCAGGUCACCAUGAGAGAGCUAGAUAUGACAGACCCUCAUGUUUUACCCAAACAGCUGACAACAUUAGACCCUCAUGUCCAGCAGUUAACAACAUUGGAUGAUGUAAUGGACUUGAUCAAUUCUGAUCUCCCUGAGUGCCCCAGUUCCUCUUCGUCUCCUCUUCUGCUCGUCCCCCGAGGAGCUCCUUCACUAUCCACGGUUACUAUGGCUCCUUGGAACUCCCCUCCUAAAGCCACACCUCCUUCCUGUGUGCUUUCUGUAGAUUCCCCUCCCCCAUCACUCAGGAUCACAGAACAACCGAAACAGCGAGGGAUGCGAUUCCGGUACCAGUGUGAGGGGAGAUCAGCAGGGAGUAUAUUGGGGGAGCACAGCACCGAUCAAAACAAGACUCUGCCCUCUAUUGAGAUAUGUCACUGCGAGGCACUCCCAGAGGUCGGUGUCACCGUCUGCCUGGUCUGGAAAGAUCCUCCACACAGAGUCCACCCUCACAGCCUUGUGGGAAAGGAUUGUCAUGAUGGCAUUUGCGAGGUGACACUGCAACCACGAGAGGGGGAGACACGGCACAGUUUCAGUAACCUGGGCAUUCAGUGUGUCAGGAAGAAAGAGAUUGAGGCGUCUGUGAGAGAGAAACUCCGGCUCAAUAUAGAUCCAUUCAAAGCUGGUCUGUGGCGCCACCAUGAGGAGGUUGAUUUGAAUGUUGUGCGCCUGUGUUUCCAGGCCUCGUAUACGGGGCCAAAUGGGCAGAAGAUGUUGAUGAAGCCUGUACUGUCAGAACCUGUGUAUGACAAGAAGUCAACAAAUACCUCUGAACUUCGCAUCUACCGCAUGAACAAAGAGUAUGGAAAGUGCUCGGGGGGCGAAGAGCUUUAUAUUCUGUGUGACAAGGUGCAGAAAGAGGAUAUACAGGUGGUGUUUUUUGAUGGCACCUGGGAGGCGCGGGCAGACUUCUCGCAGGCUGACGUGCACAGACAGAUUGCUAUUGUCCUGAAGACUCCGCCAUACCGCGACCUUCACAUCAGAGAGCCGGCGCAAGUGUUUGUGUGUCUGCACAGGAUCACCGACAGUAUCCGUAGCGAGGGCAUAACGUUCACUUACCUGCCAAAGGAUUCUGAUGACUACCAGGUGCAGUGCAAGAACAAGCGACAUCUCUCUUCUCUAGAGGAAUACGGGGGGCACGACCCCCAUGGGAUUGAAGCCAAGAGAAGCAAACGCAGACCCGAAUUUUUAAGCCACUGUAACUCAUUUCCAGAUUUCCCCUUGCCCGUGCCGGAUUAUUAUCAGGAAUUCGUUCCUAGCUUUUCUGAUGCAGCGGGUUCUGAGCCUCAGGAUAUUGCUGAAAGCAGUUUUGAAUUUGUACCCGCACUUGUGAACGAUAUCUUCAGUCUUGAGUCCUAUCCUGACAUGAAUGCUCCCUACGGUCUCUUUCAGGACAAUGAAGCAACAGCUGAUUUGGUAUCAUCUAGUCUUUUGCUUUCCGAGGAAAAGCGAGAAUUUGAGCCAUGUGCUUAUACAGAGAGCAAAAGAGGUGGCAACUGCUGAAGAGGCUAAAAAUUGGACCUUAAGAUGCCUAGAAAUUAUAAUGUUUUAGCAGAGAGAACUGAACAUUAGUUUGGACUGAUUUCUGCUGAAUACCAUAUUGGAGACCUAAAUAACUGCUGGGUUUGGUGGCUUUUAAUGGUGUUGGUGUAGUUGAGAAGUUUAAUCCGUACGCACAACCCUCAACAAAUUACUAGCAUUAAGGUUGAAAUCCCACUUCUGACACCAUAUUUUCCAUAAUGAGACUAACACUAGAGACAGUUUAAUGUAAGCUGUACAUGAGCAUUGAGAUGACCCCAUCUUUCUUUUAACUCCAAUGAAACUAUGCAGAAUCUUUUUACAAGAUCAAUGGCAAUAAUGAAGGAGAUAUUGGAUUUUAAUCUGGAAGAUGGAGGGAAAAAUAAUAGAUGCACUUUUUCAGCACUUUGUAACUUGAAAUCCAACUUUUGAAGUAAGUUACCGGAGUGGACUUGUGUUCUAGGAUGAAAAGAGAAGAAACUGCUACUGUGCUUUUAUACAGCAAAUGUACUUUAUAAAUAUGUUGUAGUCACAGGCGCUGCUUCACAGACAACUAGUCUGCUUAAUGCCUGACUGUUUUAUUUGUACAAAACAAGCAUUAAAGAUCUAUUUUUUACUGUAA